AUGGUGGGGGUUCGGAAAAACAUUGGGGAAAUAGCGAAAGAGUUUAUGAAGAAUAAUAUAAAUAUCAAUACAAGUUUCAGGAGUAAAGUGGGAAUGGGGGACAAAACUUUGUUUUGGGUAGAUAUAUGGCUGGGCGAUGCACCGUUGAAGGAUCAAUUCCCAUGUUUAUAUCAAUUAUCAACGCAUAAAAAAGCAAAAGUUCAGGAAAUGUAUAAAAUUGCGAAUGGGGGAAUCUUAUGGGAUUGGCUAUGGAUUAGAGUUCCGUACAGUAGUGAUUCGGAGAAACAGGAGAUGGAUAGCCUGAAAGACCGUUUACAGGAAAUAAUUAUAGAAAAUAAGGGAGAUAUGUGGGUUUGGAGAUAUAAUGAGGAUGAAGAAUUCAGCGUGAAAAUGGUUCCGUCAGCCGUAGCACUAAGAAACAAGGGAAUGAAUAUUCAGGAUGUCAUGUGCAAGAUUUGCGGUGAGUGUGAAGAAACAACGAGUCAUAUUCUAUUACGUUGUAAUUUUGCGAAAAGGGUAUGGAACGAGGUGGCAAAGUGGACAAAAACUCCAAUGGUGAACACGGAAGGAAAUUUAUCGGAUAUAUUGCAAGCUUUUCUUGACAGUCAAAGGAGCCGGAAUGUAAAAAAGAUCCUACAUGCGAUCGCUGUACAGUCGAUGUGGAAACUGUGGUUAAACAGAAAUGAUAGAAUUUUUGCUGGAAGAAAUUGA